GUCCCCUUCGUCUGCCACCACCUCCCCGGUCAGGUUGAGGCUUUUCAAUCAGCUAUCAUCUCCUCUGUCUAUCUGUUCCGGUCGUCGUCUUCAUCAUCAUCUGCAAACAAGAAUGGCGCUCAAGGCCGUACACGUCUCGGAUGUACCCGUUAGCCUCCUCGACAUAGUCCAAGAAAACAUCGCAUUAGCCCUCCCUCCGGCCUCCUCCACUCCUCGCUCCUCUCAAGGAGUGGGAGAUGAGAGAGGGGAGAAUGGUAAUGAAGUCGCAUACGGGGUGCUGCCGGCGGAGAAGUUCGUGGUGAUGGGGCACAGGGGGAACGGCAUGAAUAUGCUGCAGUCGCCCGACCGGAGGAUGAAGUCCGUCAAGGAGAACUCCCUCCGGUCCUUCAAUGCCGUCGCCAAAUUCCCCAUCGACUUCGUCGAAUUCGACGUUCAGGUCACGAGAGACGACUGCCCUGUCAUUUUCCACGACAACUUCAUCCUCACUAAACACAAGGGUGAGAUAAUUGAGAAAAGGGUUACAGACCUUACCUUGGAAGAAUUUCUCACAUACGGACCUCAGAGUGACCAUGAAAAUGUUGGGCAGCCCCUCUUUAGGAAAACAAAGGAUGGGAGGAUUUUCGAGUGGAAGGUCGAGGACGAUGCUCCUCUAUGCACGUUGCAGGAGGUCUUCGAGAAUGUGGACCAUUCCGUUGGCUUCAACAUCGAACUAAAAUUUGACGAUCAUGUUGUGUAUCAAGAGGCUGAUCUCACCCGCGUACUUCAAGCUAUUAUAAGGGUGGUACGUGACCAUGCCAGGGAUAGACCUAUUAUCUUCUCGAGCUUUCAGCCUGAUGCUGCGCUGUUGAUCCGGAAACUGCAGAGCACUUAUCCCGUGUAUUUCCUGACCAAUGGAGGAAACGAGAUUUUCUCGGACGUAAGAAGGAAUUCUUUGGACGAGGCAAUUAAGGUAUGCUUGUCUGGUGGGUUGCAAGGGAUCGUGUCCGAGGUGAAGUCUGUGCUGAGAAAUCCCGGGGCCGUCACCCGAAUCAAAGAUUCUCACCUCACUCUUUUAACUUAUGGCCAAUUGAAUAAUGUUGCUGAGGUUGUGUAUAUGCAACAUCUGAUGGGUGUGAAGGGCGUGAUCGUUGAUUUUGUCCGUGAAAUCACCGCAGCAGUCUCGGACUUCAUAAGUAGUUCGGCCAAGGAAGCAAGGGAAGGUGAGGGAUUGCUUGGAAAGAGUAAGGGCGACGAAGAGGCCAAAGUGGCUAAGCCCCAAUUUUCACAGCACGAGCUCUCGUUCCUCUUCAAGCUUAUACCAGAGCUGAUCCAGGCCUCAGGUCAUUAGAUUAGUAGACCGGACUAGUUUUAACUCUUACUUUGUAGCCUGCACUCUAGAUCGAAUAUCAAGACUUAGUUCUAGGGGAGACCGAAAUCAUUACUACUCAAACUUUAGGGUAGCCAUCUUCGCGUAGUGGCUCGAUGAAAUGGGUCAUAGACCUCCUGCUCUGGUCUCGGGUAGGUUCGGGCAUCGUGGGGUUACCAUUGCUGCUAUGGAGGGAAUGAAGCUGGGGGAGUGAUUGAUGUGGCAUUCACUGUAGUAGGGAAGUCUUGCAUGUUGGUUGUUGUAAAUGUAGUGCCGUAAUAGAUGUAAGCCAGUACCAAAGUCCCUUGCUUGAUC